AUGGGCCACAAGUUUGCUGAAUGCUGCACAGGCUGGAAGUCCAGCCCUGUUGAGGCAAAGGCCAAGGAAACCGCCAAAAUUGGCAAGGAACUAAGGGUACCUGCUGCUGCAAGCAAGGACCCCAAGGACAAUAGUUUUAGUAAUAUAGAAGUCUGUCAUGUAUCUACCGCCUCCAAUCUAUCUCCCCUGUUCACAAUCUCUAUAUUGCCAAAGCAAGCAGAACCACUAGAAGUCCUGAUAGACUCAGGCGCCACAUCCUCAUUCAUGCCCCCUUGCACAGCAGAACUACUCCACAUACCACUCAUUGAUCUCCCCUCCCCACAUACCAUUACCAUGCUCAAUGGGUCAAGCCCCCAGGCUGGCAAAAUCUGGAAGAAGGCAAUCCUAACCUUCUCCCUUGAUGGCAAACAUAUGACCAAGACCUUCCUCAUCUGCAACACAGGAUCUCACGCUGCUAUCUUGGGACUGAAGUGGCUGGACGCCCAUAAUCCAGAAAUUGAUUGGAAUAGAUGCACACUCACCUUCUCUCACCCCCUGUCAGAGUCUGACCAAUAA